AUCACGUGAUAGGUCCGGCUCCUGCCGGUCGCCCUGACUGCUGCACUAUAGUCGUCAUGGAACUGGCGCCGCGGAGCUCUCUGCUGCCUCGGUGGCUGCUGCUGUUCCCGCUGCUCCUGGGCCUCGGUGGGGGAGCUGUCAUUGACUGGCCGGCAAAAGAAGGCAAGGAAGUGUGGGACUAUGUGACUGUCCGCAAAGAUGCCCACAUGUUCUGGUGGCUCUAUUAUGCCACCAAUCCCUGUAAGAACUUCUCAGAGCUGCCCCUGGUCAUGUGGCUUCAGGGUGGUCCAGGCGGUUCCAGCACUGGCUUUGGAAACUUUGAGGAAAUCGGACCCCUUGACGGUGAUCUGAAACCACGAAGAACCACCUGGCUCCAGGCUGCCAGCCUCCUCUUCGUGGACAACCCCGUGGGCACUGGCUUCAGUUAUGUGAACACGAGCGAUGCCUACGCCAAGAACCUAGCUAUGGUGGCUUCAGACAUGCUGGUUCUCCUGAAGACUUUCUUCAAUUGCCACAAAGAAUUCCAGACAGUUCCGUUCUACAUUUUCUCAGAGUCCUAUGGAGGAAAAAUGGCUGCUGGAAUUGGUCUGGAGCUUCAUAAGGCUGUUCAGGAAGGAGCCAUCAAGUGCAACUUUUCUGGGGUGGCUUUGGGCGAUUCCUGGAUCUCUCCUGUUGAUUCAGUGCUGUCCUGGGGACCUUACCUGUACAGCAUGUCUCUUCUCGACGACGCAGGUCUGGCAGAGGUGUCUGCCAUGGCAGAAAAGGUCCUGGCUGCUAUAAACAGGGGGUUCUACAAGGAAGCCACCCAGCUGUGGGGGGAGGCGGAAUUGAUCAUUGAGAAGAAUACAGACGGGGUGAACUUCUAUAACAUCUUAACCAAAAGCACUCCCGAUCCGGCCAGGAAAUCCAGCCUAGAGUUCGUGCCAAACCACCUAGUUCGUCUUUCUCAGCACCACGUGCGACGCCUGAACCAGGAUGCCUUAAGUCAGCUCAUGAAUGGCCCCAUCAGAAAGAAGCUCAAAAUUAUUCCUGAGGAUAUCACCUGGGGAGCCCAGUCUUCUUACGUCUUCAUAAGCAUGGAAGAGGACUUCAUGAAGCCGGCCAUCAGCAUUGUGGAUGAGUUGCUAGAAGCUGGGGUCAACGUGACCAUAUACAAUGGACAACUGGAUCUCAUCGUGGACACCAUGGGUCAGGAGGCCUGGCUGCGGAAGCUGAAGUGGCCAGAGCUGCCCAGAUUCAGUCAGCUAAAGUGGAAGGCCUUGCACAGCAGCCCCAAGUCCUUGGAAACAUCUGCUUUCGUCAAGUCCUACAAGAACCUGUCUUUCUUCUGGAUUCUUGGCGCGGGUCACAUGGUUCCCGCUGACCAAGGAGACAUGGCUCUGAAGAUGAUGCGGCUGGUGACUCGGCAGGAGUAGGCGGCCCUGGGGACACCAGAGCAUCAGGAAACCCAAUCGAUUGUCCCCAAGUCCGGCGUGGUCCCAGAUGAUGAAAGCUGUCCCAGCUCCCGCAGAGAAUGAAAGCUCACCCACUGCAGUGACUUGGAAGUCAUUUCUGCCCUUUUUCUUUUUCCCUUCAGUUUUGAGACAGGGUCUGGCUGUGUAGUCCAGGCUGGUUUUAAAUUCACUGUGUAGCCCAGGCUGGCCUCGAACACACCGAUCCCCCCCGCCUCAGCCCUCAGCCUCUCAGUCUGCUUGAAACAAACAAACUAAGCUUUAAAAAAAUGGGUUCUUUUAAUCAAGAUAAAGGAUUGUGAUAGAUUGACUUGCUCUUCUAAAAGCAAAUGCUGUGAUUUACUGAAAAGGUGAGAAACAUAGUUAGCAAAGAGCGAAAUCAAAACCCAUAUGCUUCCUUCCCAGGGAGAAGCACAGUCACCAAUCCAGUAUCUGUCCCUGCCUAUCUCUUUUUGCUACAAAUACAUAUUUUUUUAAUAAAAAUCAAAUCAUCACAGUGUAUUAUUUUACCGUCUACUUUGUUCGUGUAUCAGUAUAUCCUGAACACCUUUCCGUGUCAAUAAAUGUUCAU